GCCAAGUGAUUGUAAACAAAGAGUAAAAAAAAAAGAAAAUCUUUGCUUGGAACAAAAACAUCCAAAUUAAUGGCUUCACUAGCAACCUUGGCUGCUGUUCAGCCCACCACCAUUAAGGGCCUUGCUGGAAGUUCCAUCACCGGUACUAAGCUCCACAUUAGGCCUGCUAACCAGAGUUUCAAACUCAACAAGUCUAGCAGGUGUGGUGCAGUGGUUGCUAAGUAUGGUGAUAAGAGUGUUUACUUUGAUUUGGAUGACAUAGCAAACACCACUGGUCAAUGGGAUGUCUAUGGAUCAGAUGCUCCUUCACCAUACAACUCUCUUCAGAGCAAAUUCUUUGAAACAUUUGCAGCUCCAUUCACUAAGAGAGGAUUAUUGCUCAAGUUUUUGAUAUUGGGAGGUGGUUCUUUGCUCACAUACGUUAGUGCCAACGCUCCUUCCGAUGUUCUACCCAUCACUAGAGGUCCACAACAACCUCCUAAGCUCGGACCUCGUGGAAAGAUCUAAGUAUCUUAUUCUCUUCUACUAUUACAUUGUUGUAAAACUGGAAAUCAUCUUCAAUUGAAUGUACAAUUUUAACAGCAUCUCA